AUGGCCCGUUCCAGAUCCAAGGGCGCCAUGGACAUGUGCUCGCAGGGCGGUACCGCUGUCGUAGGCACACUAGCUUACUGCGAUGGCGACACGGAACGGCCUGAAAGCGGCGGGGGAUCUCCAUCAGCAGCCGGCAAGAAACCCCGCAAAGUGCGCCACGAUUCGAGACGGUCGCGCAAUCCGAGGACAACGCCAGCCAAUUCAGAUCUCAUAUCACCACCUCUCGCCAGCAAGGCCACCUCGCAUCAACACAAAAUGGCCCAGCCAACCCUCGCAUUCCGCGAGGCUACUACCACCGACGUCCCCAAUCUUCUGCCUCUCAUCCGCACAGCAUACCGUGGCAACCAAGGAUGGACCAACGAAUCUGCCUACCUCAAUGACAAACGCAUCUCCCCCGCAGACCUUGAAUCCAAGAUCAAUGCCCCUGACGGCCUGGUCCUCAUCACCCACGACGCCGCGACGGGUGAGCUCGUCGCCUGCUGUGAGCUCCAGCACCGCCCCGCCGGCGACGGCAAGCCCAGCACCGGUUACUUUGGGCUGUUCGCCGUCGAUCCCAACAAACAGGGCGGUGGGUUGGGGAGGCAGGUUCUUGCGAGAGCCGAGGCGCAUGCGAAGGAGAAGUGGGCUGUCGAAAAGAUGGAAAUGUAUGUCUUGUGGAUGAGGGAUGAACUCAUCGACUGGUAUGUCAGGAGGGGCUAUGAGCGCACCGAUGAGAGGGGGGACUUCCCCUACGAGCAUGUGUUUGAGGGCCAGGCGCUUCGCGACGACCUCUACUUUGUUAUCUUGAGGAAGGAUCUCACCAACGUCAAUGGCGUGGCAGCAGCAUGA